UGGAAACCGCAACAAUUUUCAUUCCACAAGCAUAUCUCCCGAUCUCACCAUCUUUAUCAACUGUACAUACUCCCUCUUCGACCUUUUUCGUCCCCACAGCAUACCUGACCGCCUCCACAGUCCCAUCCGCCCCCACGCAUACAUAUAGACCGACUUUCGGCUCAGCUGGCGUACGUACGUACUGUCAGCCGUCAUCAUCGUCUCCAGCGCGACUUUCCGGCAUUUGACCCAGCGCCGCCCAACGCAUCGCUAUUGCCGUCCACCGUUCCCUGCUCCCCCACCCAGAGCACGCUCCGCCACUGUAACACAGACCGCCACGAGGCCUCAGAAGUUGCCGUCUUCGGCAUAACUUUCCAUUUCAAAGUCUAUCGCCACUUGGCGUUGACACUUUUCACUCAGACCGGCAUACUCGACCUUACAUGACUACCGCCCAACGUCCUAUACAGCCCCUAUCCAACCCGUCUCCGUACGCUUCCGCCCCCGAAUCAUCCCCUGAGGUUUCAGCUUCGGCACCAUCCGCAUUUGUACCUUCAGUGUCCUACCCAUCCCACCCCCAAGCGGCUCCAAAAUUCUCCAGCAUGGUCGACUAUGAUGAUUUCACCUCCGACUUUGGGGGGCUCAAUACACCCCCCGCUACGGUGGAUGCUGCAUCGAGCCUGGUCAACGGCGAUGCAUCCAGAGGCGGAGAUAAAGGGGAAAUAAACACAGGCUCGAGCACUGCUGGGUGAGUGACCGUUUCCCUUCUUUUCCGCAGUGCGUCGAGAGCCAUUCAAGUUGCCGAGAUCAUUUCGAUGGCUUCCUUUGUCGCCCAAAUGUCUGCUCAAGUGCUGGAAUACUGCGUGAAAGGUUGUUCUGGACGUGGGAUUGCUGCGGAGUCUGUCCAUGGCUGUGGGUUCGACGCGUCUCAAGGGAGUACACGGACAUGGUUUGGUGGUCUCAAAGGGGGGCAGAAUGUCUCCAACCGAUGCGCAGGGUACAAGCAUUUGAGCGCUCAAAAAGGCGUUCGUGCUUGCUUUCGGUAGCUUGGCACGAGGGGCACGGAGCUGAUUUGAGGGCGUCUAUCUCAGACGUAUCGUGGAUUACCUUCCAUGAUGACAGCUUGAUGCGAGCGACUCUUGUCUUUGAAAGGUCCGGAUCUUCUUUGCGGCAUUGGGUCGGCGCUGGCUGUUGGUUUGAAUGCCGGGAUGAGCCCCGCUCGCUAUGUCUAUUGCUCUGGGUGUCUACGAAAUUCGAGGACUAUAGCUGACGAUGCCGUUUCAAUCUAUCAUCCCUUCACCCAAACCCCGCAUCACCGUCAUCCAAUUCAACCUCGAUACCAACUUUGAAUCUACUGCUGCGCUCAACAGCCUCGACCUCGAAGGGGGAAACACUCUUGCCAGUGGUAGCCUGUUGAACCCCCAUAUCUCUACCGAUCAGCAGUACCCUUAUGCCAACCUGCUCGCUUCCGAACCGCCCAACCAUACCCCUUCGCAGUAUGGUUCCUCUCUCGGUGGCACGCCCACGUACCAGUCCUAUCAUCAGGACAAGGACUAUAUCAACAACUCUUUGGUCGGGGCUUCCCAGUCACUAGCCUCUCAGGACGCUGCUGGGCGAGCGCAAACUGCCCGGCAGCAUCAUCGCGUCCACCCGUACCAGACCUCUACUGCCGACGUCUUGAGCCGCCAUACUUCUGCCAAAGCCCACUGGGACGAUGUCUCUUCUCCCGACCAAGAUGUCUCUAGCCAUUUCCGAUCCGCCAACUCUUCAGCUGCCAACACUCCCGCUGCUGGGCCUUCUACAACCACUACUGCGGCCAAUACUCCCAACAGCAUGGCCAAGCCAUCUGGGAGGUCUGGCCAGAAACGUCGGCAAAAGUACACGCGUACACGAACGGGCUGCCUUUGUUGCCGAUCCAGACGUAUCAAAUGUGAUGAGACCAGGCCUAUCUGCAAGCGAUGUGUCAUUGCGAAAAAGGAGUGUGUCUAUCCCGAAGGCGUCCAUGGAAGCGGAAACAUUAGUUCUUCGAGAGAAGACAAGAAGGGGAAGGGAAGGAGUAGCGGUGAGGAUAGCGAAAGCGAGGCUGAUAUGAGCAGGUCACGGCCUGGUACACGGCCCGGAAGUCCCAGUGGAUCAUUCUUCCCGCCUCAGACUGCUCUUGCUUAUCCUUACGGAGGCUCGAGUCGUGCAGGCGGAAGCAACGCAUUCGACGGCUCCGCGCUCAAUGUGGCCCCAAUAUCGGGCGGUCUUGCAGGGAGCUCGAUGGGUGGAGGGAUGGGUCUCAUGGAGAUGGGCCUCAACAUGAACCUGGGCAUGGGGCAGCAGAGCCCUUCGGAUGGCUCUGCGCUGAAUGUGAGCCGAGAAGGCUUUGCGGCAGAUGCUUCCAAACAGGCUUGGGGCGCUGAUCAAGGUGGUGCUCCCAUGUUGGCCACUCCCAACUUUCUACUUCCUUGGUUUCCCACCGCAGAGGAGAGGAGUCUGAUCCUUCAUUAUUGUGCAAACGCCGCUUCACUCAUGAUGGCUAUACCCAGCGGCCUCAACCCUUUGCUCGCCAUCAAUCUCCCUCUUGCUCUCGACUCUCCAAGAGGGAUGAAUCCUUCAGCAGAUGCCCUUCGUGUCGCCCUACUCGGCAUCGGCGCCAUCCACCAAGCUUUCCUCCUCGCCAGAUCGGGCGUAUCCAACUCGCAGACUGCUGCAAUGUUCCAAUACGCUUCCACUCUUCGAGAGACAGGCAAAGAGAUGGUCCGCCGGGCUGCUAGAACGGGUGCUACCGACGCUGCCCUCGGUGCCAGUACUGCUUUUGCCACAAUUGACAUCUUUUUCGGUGGUGCCAACUGGCAAGACAACUUUGCUCUUGCCAAGGAGAUGGUCAGCACUCGAGGCGGUCCCUCGCAAAUGCUCAAGGACAGUACGCCCACAGCUCUCAGUGAGGGUGUCACCGUCAGCCCUGCUCGACUUAUGCUUGAAAUUCUCGCCAUCUACGAGACUUUUGGCUGCCUGACUUCGGGUGACGAGCCCACCAUGAUCCCUGAACACGGUCAGAACUGGUGGCUUGAAGCAAACAGAUCGAUGUACGAGGAACACUCUGUUGAGAAGCAGUUUGGCAUGUCUCGUGUCAUGGUUCUGCUUUUGAACAGGCUUACUCGAUUGAUAAACCGAGUGGCCAAAGCGGGUACCAUCAUCACGGAGCAGGCUCCAUCCACCAAUGCUAGUUCCAACUCUUUCGUCCCUACCCCUAGUUCGACCCCUGGUAUCAACUCGGCCACUGAUGAAGUGCUCAUCAAGGAGGCUCGUCAGUUGAACAAAGACGUCGAUAUUUGGAUAGAGAGCUUGCAGAUGAGUACCCUGGAGCACGAGAGGGUACAGGUUGGCAACAGAGCAUAUGCGCAUGCUAUGAAGAUCCUUCUCUUGCGCCGUAUCUUUAAAUACCCCCGAGAAGAUGCGCGCGUUCAACGUGCUGCUCAACAAGUGCUCCAGCAUUGCUCUUGGUCCACCGCGGCCCUCGGCAUGUCCAUCGACCUGACUUGGCCUGCUAUCAUCGGAGGCUGCUGCGUCGAUGGCUCUUCUCGCCAAUGGGUCACCACCCUACUCGAAGGGUUCAAGUCACAAUGCUGCUUUGACAUUGAUUCGGCUGCCCGAAUCAUCAGUGAGGUCUGGAGAAGAGUAGAUGCGGGGGAGAGAAGGACGGAUUGGAAGGAGGUUUGCGAUGACCUCGGUCUUCACGUCUUGCUUUGUUAAUACACCCGUACCAGUCUGACUGAAGAGGGUUGUAGCGAAUAGAAGAUAGUAAAAUGUUAGAGAAGGAGCAGGGCGCUCAUAUAUAAAUGUUGCAAUACCCAUUUCCUCAUUAUGCAUAGUGUCAUCGCCUGCAAGAUUCUUUGAUGGAUGUAGAAAGACUAUAGUUCAUGCGCUUGAGAUAGUAUGCAUGUG